GGCACUUCCGGUGUGUUCGCGGAAAACGCAACAGCAGCUACUUCCGCGUUUAGCUCCCUCUGCUGAAACUGAGAAAUGACGGCCACUCUGCGUCCGUAUCUCAACGCGGUGCGUGCCACGCUGCAGGCCGCUCUUUGCCUGGAGAACUUCUCCUCUCAGGUGGUGGAAAGGCACAACAAGCCAGAGGUGGAAGUCAGGAGCAGCAAAGAGUUGCUCCUCCAACCUGUAAUCAUUAGUCGUAACGACAAGGAGAAGGUUCUGAUCGAGGGCUCCAUCAACUCUGUCAGAGUGAGCAUCGCCGUGAAGCAGGCAGAUGAGAUCGAGAAGAUCCUGUGCCAUAAAUUCAUGCGCUUCAUGAUGAUGAGGGCGGAAAACUUCUUCAUCCUGAGGAGGAAACCAGUCGAGGGAUACGACAUUUCUUUUCUCAUCACCAACUUCCACACUGAGCAGAUGUACAAGCACAAACUAGUGGACUUUGUUAUUCAUUUUAUGGAAGAAAUCGACAAGGAAAUUAGUGAAAUGAAGCUGUCCGUCAAUGCCAGGGCUCGCAUCGUCGCAGAGGAGUUCCUCAAAAACUUCUGAAAGCGAGCGAAGACCCAAGAACACAUUCCUUUUGCAAUACUGGCAGUCACUGUGGAGUCGACUCACGGCACGGCAGGCCUUCGCUGGCGUUUUCCGCCAAGAGGAGAAAAGAAGAAAAAGAAGUGCAGUGAGGCUGCGAGGGCCAAUGGGGCUUUUCCCUUUAACCUGAAACUUGUCCUGUGCUCAAAUUAUUGAUGUUUGUGUUUAAUAUUCCCACCACACCUUCAUUUCUUGCUGUGAAAGGUCAACAUAGCCUCUAUAGUAUUGAGCACAGGAUGAAACAGAUUUUUUUUAAAGAUAAUUUAAAUGUUUUUAAGUAUAUUUACAUAUAUAUAUUAUAUGCACAGAAAUUUCAUUUUGUUACCACAAACAUUGAACCAUGAGGGCAAUCAGUUAAUGUUUUAUUUCACAUGCAAACAGAUGAAACAAAUUUACACAUCUGGCAAUUAAUAAAAAUAAAAAUAAAGUAUACUUUGUAUUUUAGUGGUUCUUUUUCAUCUGUUUCACAUUUCCAUUUCCAGAGCUGAAUAUUCAGCACAGUUACGUACAAUAACAGGUAGUAACAUGAUAGAGAUGUGCGUCUACCACACUUCAUACUUUAAUUCAGAAAGCAGACCAGGAACAGGACUGUAGAUAUAUUUUCGGUUUAGUAUCUAAGCAUGAAAAUCAGCUACACUAAAAGUCCUUGAUUUUACUGCAGUUGUCACAUUUUGGAUUAUAGCAACAAAAACACAUUUAGAGUCUUCUGUAGUUUGUCCGUCAGUGGAAUGCAUACGGUUGAUCUGGCUCUGUUAGUUCUUGCGGCACCUUUUUUUUUUUUCCUUUAUAGCUUCAGUAUAAAAUAUAAUGCAGUAAGUAAAAAAAAAAAAAAAAAAAA